AUGAAUGACAAUAUUAUUUUAGAAAUGGAAAAGGCCGCUGAAAUUAUAAUGGCUCCACCAAAUUUAGUGUCUAAUGAACAAAGACAUCUUGCAGAGAAUAUUUUCUUAGAUUUUAGGAAAAGCAAAUCGCCGUACGGAAUAUGUAGAGAUAUUUUAGAAAAAUCUCAAAAUCAUUAUGUUCUCUUUGAAGCAGCUGAAGUAUUAAAAGGAGCUAUAAUAAGAGAAUGGUCAUUUUUAUUUGAAAAUGAUAAAACAUCCCUUAGGCAAUAUUUGUUUCAGUAUAUUAUUUCAAAAACCUUACCUUCUUUUGUCAGAGACAGGAUUUUACAAGUUAUUGCUAUAAUGGUCAAAAGAGCUAGUAUAGAUGAUGGAGGAAGAGAAAGGGCAAAUAUAUUAAAAGAAGUUGAGAACCUUAUUGUUAAUGCUGAGCCACAUAAAAAAGUUCUAGGUUGCAAUAUAUUAUCAAAUUUAAUGCAAGAAUAUGCUACUACAGUAAAGUCAACAGAUGUAGGUCUUCCAUGGGAAGUCCAUUUUAAGGCUAAAAAACAGUUUGAAGCUACAGAUUUGAAAAGAAUAUUUCAAUUUUGUAUAUAUCUUCUAUCAGAAGUUGUAAAAAAUGAUCCACCAUAUUCCAAUACUCUAUUAGAACUCUCAGGACACCUACUGAAGAUUACAGAGACAGUUUUGGCAUGGGGUUAUGUUUCUCCAAUCCUUCCUAAAAGAUUAAUUGGAAUAUAUGAAUCAGUCCAUGAAGCGGACUCAGCACCUGCUUUGAAACUUACAGCUUCCUGGGCAGACAUAAUUUUAAAUCCAGAUCUGCUUCCUCUAAUGUUUCAAAUUUAUUGGAAACUUCGAGAUUUUGAUCAAUUAGCACAUCAUUCAAUAAACUGUUUAGUCCAAUUGGCUUCUUUAAAUGGAGGAAUUUUACCAACUGACGAAGCUCGAAUGAAAUAUCUGCAUGCUUAUUUGAUGGCGUUUUUUAAUCUUAUUUCCAAUAUUACCAUUAAAAACAAGGAAUGUUUGGGGAUUUCAAAUAUUGUGAAAAAACUUAUAAUAUUUUUUAUACAUGAUAUAUUGAAACUACCAGAUAGUAUGAAGGAUACAUUACUUGAUGAAUUUACAAGAAUUACAUGCCAUUUUUGUGACGGAGCUACCAUUGAAGAAGCUCAAGGUGCAGAAGAUAAAUUUUUCACGGACGCCUUUGACAACAUGUUAGAUGCCUGGACUACCAUCUUACAAGAAUUUGCUCAGUCAUAUUUGGAAAAUAAAUUUUCUGAAUGUGCCAAACAAGUCUUCAACAAAUACAUUCAGUGCCACUUAGCACCUCCUGAUGGUUGCAGAAAGAACAAUGGCGAAGUAGAAGAUAUUGAAGACAAUGAAGAUAAUGACAGGUCAAAGUUCAAGGACCAAUUACAAGUAAUAGGAAUGUUCGGCAGGGUUGUUCCAGGACAUGCUUUGCCUGUAUUAUUCAAACUCUUAGAAGAUAGAACAGAUAAGUUUGUUAACCAUCUUCAAGCCAUGCAAACCCGAGCCAUGAAUAUACAAGAAGCUGAAGCUUUAGAUAAUUUAUUUGAAGAUUUACACUGGAUUAUCCUAGUAUCUGGCCAUAUUUUAUGCAUGGAUAGCGAUGGGGAAACUCCAAUGAUACCCUCAGAAAUCAUGCAGUACUCUAUAGACCAACACAAUCGCCGUGAAAGUACAUUAAAUGCUACGAUGAAUGCGAUAAUUGCUGUUGGAUCGAAGAUUGCACUACCUGAUAAUUUCGAACAUUGUGACCACAUUAUAAGGAUCGUCUUUAAUGUUAUGAAACUUUGUACGAUCGAGGAUUACGCCGCCUCUGUCAAUUUGGCACAGUUCAUGAGCCCAGAAGUGGGAUCUUCAAUUAUGUGGUUUUUGAAACGGUGGUGCCUUUCAUAUUUGUUGCCUGUUGAAAAUUAUUAUCAAGAGUUAAGUCCCACAUUAAUAGGAUGUUUAGGAAAAGAUACAGAUGGUUCAAAGUUGGUUGUCAGUUUUGUUUUAUCCAAAAUUCAAUCCAAUUUAUACCACUUUCAAUCAGAACCUAUAUUAUUAAGGGAUACUGUUGAGCUGUUUUGUGAUAUUGUCUGUGUUAAACAGAAAUCCUCUUCACAUGUUGUAAAAACGGAGAGUAUGCGUAACCUCAUCAAAUUAUUUGCCGACCUACAACCAGGAACUUUGCCCCCAAAUAUUAUAAGAGGUCUAUGUAAGGGCUUUGUUCUAGCAGGAACGGCACUGUACAGUAGAAAUAACCAUGGCGACAAUCAAUCAACGAUGAAUGAAUACUAUGAGCUAAUUUUAAUGCCCCUUCAACAAAGGUUCAAGAGUGUUUUAGGUCAAGAAAAUUUUACUAGAAUAUGCCAUCAAGAAAAAGUACAAAAGAUUGUUAUAGAUUUAUUAGAAUCAUUUAUAGGUAUAGCUAAAGGAUCUGCAAUGCCUAGCUCAACAACUCUAUUUCACUUCUUAGCACCAAUUUUGAGUGAAUUGCCGGUUUUUAUAACAGUUUAUAACAAUUAUCAGGUUAUAGUGCAACUAAUUUUGGAACUCUUUGGCCAGUGUGCUAAAUAUAUGUUGUGUUAUUUGUCCCCUUUCGAUAGUAAGAGAUUGUAUGAAAGCUCUUUAGCUACAGUCCAAGCUUAUGCUAAGUGUAACCAAGGUCGUUUGACAAACGAGAGUUUUGCAGAAGAAAGCAGCUUCCAAGAUUUAGCUUUGAUUCUAGAUCUCUUAACUUUUAUACUUUCUAAAGACUGUUUUGAUUUUUGUCCUAUUAGCAAUGAUGAAGUAACAGUGGCAGCAUCAGAUGUAUCCCUGUUUGGUCUUAAUUUUAUAAUGCCUUUAAUGACGAUGGAUUUACUUAAAUAUCCCAGUCUUUGUGCUCAGUAUUACAGACUUUUGGUACUUAUAAAUGAUAUUUACCCUGAAAAAAUUUGUAAUCUGCCAUCAGAUUUACUUAACACUUUGUUAAGAUCGGUUGAGUUGGGUUUAACUAAUUUCGGGUCAGAUAUAGUCCAGGCUUGUCUAGAUUUUGUACAAGGAAUGGCUACUUAUAUCUUUAGGCAUAAUCUGACUGAAUCUCAAUUCGGGCAAGCUAUAAGACCGUUUUUAAAGACUGUUAUCGACUUAACUUUGUCGCAUCAAAUAAAUACUGACUUAACAAGUUCGGCUAGUACUUGUAUUUAUGCAUUGAUGUGUUGUUUUCAAGAAGAUUAUAAAAUGUUGAUUCAAAGUUUGAUACAAAUGCAAACAGAUCCAAUGACGGCCGAAAGAUUGGCAGCAGCUUUCAAUAAUUUGGUUCUAAACGUGGAUAUGACGUGUGAUAGAUUGCCUAAGUUAAAAUUUAGGGAUAAUUUUGAUAAGUUUAUAGCGAAUGUUCAUGGAUUUUUGUUAGUUAAGUAG